ACUCAGUCUUAGAGGAUCAACAAGGAAUAUCAGUGAUAAAUAAAGUUUUAAUACUCCGGGUCUAGAGAUAAUCAGGGAGAAGAUGGAAGAUCCAGGUUGCAACACAACUCUGAAGGACGAACUAGAUAGAAUUCUAGCUGAGAAUAAAAGUUUAAAAGUUGAACUUGAUGUUUAUAAACCUCUCCUUCUCUCUCUUGUAUCUGUUCUGGUUUGCCUGGGUUUUUGGCUUCUAACUCUCGCAGUUACCGGACACAGGAGGAGCAAGAUACAGAAUCUAUUGAGCCGGGAUCAGGAGAUCCUGGAGAUUGAAGAAGAACGGAGUAGGAAAAGUUCCUCUCGGAGCCAGGAUAGUGUUGGCAGGAUUCAAGAUAUUGAUGAGGAUUUAGAGGAGUCCAACUAUCAGACAGAAGAGGAGCAGAAGAAAGUAUCAGAAAAUUAUUUACAAAAAUUGCGAUCCAAGAAGAUAUCUCUACCUGCAAGGAUGACUGACAGAUACUACACUGUAUCCGAACCAUCUGGAGAACUACAAUCCAGACCUGGAGUAUAUUCUCACAACCCGAACUUUAUCCGUGAACACGAACCUGAACCUAAAGCUGGACCUGGAGAGGGUUGUCUAGACACGGUUCCUAAUAUUCAAGUCACGAGAGCUUCCUUUGAUGCAGGAUCAGAAAGACUUACAUAGAUAAUUUAACACAAAGAAUCAUAAAUAUAUAUGAAGGCAAGAAACAUGUUUGAAAACAAAGAAAAAAACAGUAAUUUCUAUUAAAUUUAUUGAUGAUUUGUAUUAUAAUUAACACACAAUACAAGGAGAUUAAGAUUUU